AUGGCCGAUGGAAGAAGGUUCAGCACGCCGAAAAGAAGACUCACGAUUGAAAAGGGUUCAUUUCAGGAUAAGAAGGAGAGGUACAAGGGUCAAAUAGAAGACCACGUUUUUAAUCAUUCGGUAAGUUUCUCUGUCACUGUAACUCGCAAGCCAGCAAGUUUAAUAUGGCCCUCGUCUCCCAGCGAGGCAUCCUAGUUUUGUCCACGUGAUGCAGGCAGGGUUAUGGUAUGCAUGCAACAUUUAUCAUUUAUCAUGUGUAGAUCUAGAGCUCAAGAAAGUUAGUCAUAUGAGCUCUUAUUAUGCCGGGGCUGUGUGAAGAUAUGUGAAAGAAAUUCACCAAAAUACCCCAAAAUACCCAAAAUUCAUCCAAAUGUACCCAAAAUUAUACCCAGGUAUACUUUAUACCUGAAAUUCAAAGAAAGUGAUAUACCGAAUACCCGUAUUUAAGCUGCAAUAUACUGUAUACCCGAUUUAAAAAGCCCCUGUAUACCGUAUACCCAAAAACCCUGGCUGAUCCUGCUUAACCUUAAAACCUUUCAUUUAUAUCCCGAUCGGGUUGGGGAAGGGUGGGGGGGAUACUCGUGGGAAUUCUUCGUGGGGGGUGUGCCGCCCGGUUCUCCAAAUCCUGACACUAUUUCAGACCAAAAAUAUGUCAUUUUACAGACCUGUUUUCAGACCAGACCUCCAAAAUCCAUACCUGUUUUCAGACCUGUGUUAUGGGCUCCUGACAUAGUUAUUAGAGGAGACUGGUUAUGAAAAGCGGCAAACAUCAAUGAUAAAAACAACAGUGCUGCAGUUUAUGUUCAAAGCACCGUGAAAGUGCACAAUCCUUUGUUUUCUGUUGGCAAAUUGUUACGGAAUAAAUUAAUGCAACGUUUUUAUUGGUCAAUACAAUCAAAAUGAUAGGAAUUCUUUUGAACGUUGUGCACUUUCAGGUCCACAAAAACAUAUAACAAAGGAGUCUGACGGGUUUCAUAACCAUUCCACUCAAUUAACUAUGGCUCCUGACCUGGCCUUUAGGCAAAAAUUACGUCAUCAUUACUUAGAUUCAGUGUGCAAACAAAAAAAUUCUUCAAAUGCCUUUCAAAUUCGCAUUUUUCUACUUCUUUCUUACUCUUUUGGAAUUGAAACAAUAAGUACGUUCAUACACUCCCAUAGUACCCUCGAAAACCAUACCUGAUUCCAAACCAAAAUGGUCAAAGUAUAUACCUGUUUUCAGACCAAAACCUGACCCGGUGGGGCGGCUCAUAACUAUAUAGCUUGUAUAAGGGAGUACCCCCCCCCCCCAGGAUUUAUAUGGACUCCAGGGCUCGCUGAAUGGGACGUAGUAAGGCUGCAUCAGGUAUGGUUCCUGGGCAGAGGGACAAGUCUGAUAAAAAACCGUUUUUUAUGGGGCACUGUAAGGAUUAAAUCCCAGAAAGUAACAUGACCCUAGCCCCUGAAAAAGCGACACAUGAAAUGUUGACAAAUGACACAAAGAUGGUAUUUUUUUAUACCAGUAAUUUUGAAACUGCAACAGCAAUGAGGACCAGCACAAACGCAGUAGUAAAAUACUGACUUGAGCAUGGCUUCCUCCUCAAUGUACAAAACAACAGGAUUUGACGUUCAGACUGGGGACAUGCAGAACCUCUUCCUCCCAAAGGGUCCUCUCAUGUGAAUCGUUGGGAACUGCAACCUCAUUCUCAGGGUUUGUCCCAGGGAACAAGUAGGAGGGAGUUGUGGAAAUGAGGUUGUGGGAACUGCUCCCAUGCAAAUUCCCACACAUGAUGAUACAGAGAAGCAACAAGAUUUUAAAAAGAAAAUGUAUACUGAAAGAACACAAAGAAGCUGAAACCAACAGUUCAAGAAACUGAAUGGAGGAUAGAUUGAAAAAAUUCCAAAAUACUUAUAAGAGCAGAUGUCUUGCUGAAAGUGAAAAAUGUCUGUAGGCAGCAAGCUCUAAGAACAAAAUCUAAACUUUUGUGGCAGUACUGAUACUGGCAUUUGAGAAUCACUCUCUUCUGGUGCAAGUGAUCAGUCCUCUAGCAUUGGCAUGAAGUCUUGAUAAUUUAUGCUUUCAGUUGAAUGGGUCAAUUCAAUCUCCCGCAUAAAGCUAGGGAUGUAUUUCCCAAUAGGGUUUGCCAAACCUUUUUAGAAUAUCUGAAAAAAAUAAGGCAGUGUAUCUUUAAAAAUAUAAUAAUCUGCUAUUGCUUGAAUAUUGACUUGAUAUAAUUUACGCAGGUGCAGCUUGUCAUCCCAGACUGUUCCUUGGACAGUGCUCUUCAGUGCUUUCAGGGUGUGACCCCAACCCAGGAUCAUUACUGUUUGAUUGAGAUUCCUUUGUAUGCUUUCACAGAGGUGGAGUUUAUCAAAACAUUUAUAAAGAAAGGUAAUGAUACUGUGUUAGUUUAUUUUCACAAUUAUUGCUAAUCCACUUUGUAUGGAAUGACAGCCUGGAUAUAUAGGGUUAUUUGUUUUUGUCUCUGAUGAGAAGAAUUCUCACUUCAGUCCAGUAAUUAAAAUUAGAUUGUUUUGGUUUAUGAUCAGUUGUAGGUUUGAUUUCUACCACUUUCUUAGAAGAGAAGAGAUGGUUGGAUGCAUGUCAGCAAUCAUGUCUGUGACAUACAUUAAUUCAUAAUUUAAUUUAUACAUCAUUAUGAAAUGCUGGAAAUGGGAAUUGUCAUCAGAUACCAAACACUAGUUGUUGUUUUGCCUCUUUAUUACUUUGAUCUUAGCCUAUAAACACAUCCAGCAGCAAUACCUACUGAUUUAAGGUAUUUCCAUUGAUCUUGUAUUAGCGAAGUUGGGCAUGAAAAUAAUAAAAAUAAUAAUAAUAACAAAAGAAUUUUUGGACUGGAAAUGUCUCUUUCACUAUGGCUGUCAACAACCAUUGAUGCAGACUGGAUUAUUAUUGUCAACUACAUGUAUUGACAAUUCAGCUCCAGUUAUUGCUUGUUUCUCUCAGGUCGGUUCAUUGCUCUCAGCUGGGAAACGUUAGUUGAUUCUGGUAACUGUGCUGCUGUUCUUCCAACAGGUAUGAAAUGAAUUUACUGUAUGCUUUAAAAGGUACAUUAUGAGCCAAUUGCACUUGGUAUUCUUUCUUUAACACUGUGAAGCACCUACUAGGAACAUAACUGCACAGUAUCCAUGCCCUCUAGCCUGUAUAGUUAGGGUUAAUAUUAAAAUAAAUUCAGGUUGAAACCUAUGAACCUAGGUAAUUAUCAAUUUCCUGAUGUCUUCUAGACUAUGAUUAUCCAUGAAUAUUAAAGGUGUAAGAGAAAAAGUUCUUCAGAAUCAACUUAGGUUAGUCACAUUCCCCCCUGGACAAUAUGCUAGUUCAACACAGGGUUAAAUGUAGCCAGCAUGGCAGGUGCAAGUUAGUUUUGGUUAGUUUUUAUAGAGCGCACAAGGGAACAUGUACAGAGUAGAGGAGGUGUCUGGAGCAUAGACCCUAGUGCCAUACUACAGUGGUAGUAUGCCAUUUGCUAAGAACACCUCUUGAGAGUCAGUCUUUCACCUCAAUGCGUUGUUUAAAAGAGUGAAACUUAAGUUCUCUUCACAAUGAUUGUAGAAUGUAAAAUGAACAUUUUAGACUUUGCAACCCAAAUGUUUAAGCUUAUAAGCUUACAUAAAAACAACAAAGACAUAAUUUGCAAACUUGAUGGCUUAGUUUAGCUGAAUAAUAAGCUUGACAAAAGUUUAUACUGUUGUAAUAAAAUUCUACUGUAUUUCAUAACUGAGCUAGUAUUCACUUUCUUAUUUUUGAAGUACCAAAACCACUUUGAAUUUCUGAGGGUGGUGAGAAGUCCCUGUUCAAAAAUUCUGGAAAUUCUUGGGGGUAGGUGGGUCCUCAAAGACACACUGGAACGGAAAAUCCUGGGGGGUGGGGGCGGGUAUGGAUAUUUUCUGGAACCACACAUUACUUGUCAGUCACUGGAAAUUUGCGUCCUGUAAACAAAACACAUAUGCAGCACAUUUUCAGAAACAAUCUGGACAAUGGCCAAAGAAUUUCUUGAAUAUUGGUAUGUAAGAGGGCAAGAAGGUGGUUAUUAAAGUUAACACCCCCUCCCCAUCCUCCAAGGUAUUGUAUUGUGUGGGCAAUUGUGAGUAUUUUUGUAAUAACACUUCUGAGUAGUAGAUAGAUAGAUACUUUUUUUAACAAGUGAUUUGCUUGAUAUCCACAGAUAAUAUAGGUGUGGCCCUCAACAAAAAAUUAAACACAAAAAAAUAAUAAAUAAAAAUAUAAAAUAUACAUAAUUCUAGAAAGUCCGGCUCAUAAACAAUAUUUACAAAGAUUAUUGUCAGUUCCAGCAAAAAUGUACUGACUGACUAGGCCUCUUUGAUGUCAAGUAGUAGGGUGGGGAGCUGACUAUGGAUAUAAUAAUUUGUUUAUCUUCUUAAUGCCAAGUACGUACAGGAUUAUUAAGAAUACUUGUUUUCUUUAUUUUUUAUUUUUAUUUUCUAGGAGUAUUGAUUCUUUCUCUUGACAAAGACACCUAUGAACUCUUGGGUCUUACAGGGAAGGCAUCAGCUUUUCAAAAGAAACACAGAUUCAGUGAGUAUGGUUUUAAGUGGUAUUAUCAGGUUUAGGUUUGUUCUUUUUAUGUCGGUGCCCACAUUUAAGGUUACAAAAUUCUGGUACACUGCUUCAUUUAACCAUACCAGAAUUUUUUUUGGCUUCUUUCCCAUUUCUUGCCAUUUUUGCACUGUAUUUUCUUGGGCCUCCCUUUAAUAAUUAUAAGUAUGUAAGUGUUUGAGGAAACAGGGGUAUAAUAAAAUAUACUUGCUUAUUUCAAAGGUGGUUUACCACCAAACAGUCAGUUAAAGGGAUACCUGAAAUAAAGCCUCAUUAAUAAUAGUUACUAUGACUUCAAUUGUUGUCAGACCAACAAAACUGUAAAUACUAUAAAAUGUUUCUGGAAUGUUAUUGUAUCGCAAGAUAAAGCCUAUCAGGCACAAGAAAACUAAACCGCAAGCAACAAUGUUAGUGGUUUUGUUGCUAGCUUGUGUGUUCUUUGUCAUAACACAUUGAGCAUGCAUUCCUGUUAAAAUAAUAUUUCAAGUGUUCACGGUCUUGUUGAUUUGACUGUAACUACAUGUAUUGUAUCUACGAGUUUCCCCUGGCUAACACUUGCAAUUUGUGCUGUAUAUCAUGGAAAUCAAAAUAAUGGAGGUGAUAUUAUAACCGGUCAGUGUAAAAUUCAGACUGCGGACUGUGGACUGCAGACUGCGGACCAGGGGUAAAAUGCAGACUGUGUGUAAAAUGCAGACUGCAGACUGAGAGUAAAAUGCAGGCUGGGGUAAAAUGCAGACUGAACAUAAACUGCAGUUGUGGAAGGGUUUAAGGGCCAAAAAAUCCCGCAAAUACAUGUAAACGAACACUUACUUGAGUCGGCCACGUCAAUGACAACACCUGCUUUCACAAAUCCAUUCAGGACUUUCUUCUGUAGAAGGUCGUCAAUGACCCAAAGACAUAAUCGCAAUCUUGAACCUUUUUUUCUGUCCGAGAGAUCUCACUCUUCAACUUUAGACGCGAAGUUUUCGAUAUACUUGACCAGGGACCGUGAAUUGGUACAACACCACGAUGUUUACGCUUAAAUGAAAGCUGCUGACCCAGAAUACUGUAAACUCACAGGAAGAAUUAUGGCGAUAAAAAGGGAGUAAAUUAUAUUCCAACAACAAAGAAAGAUGUUCUGCAGGAAAUUUGGAUGACCUUCUACGAAAGUAUUGCAAAUCAAGGUACACAGACUGAAGCUGUUCGGAUGUUCAUUGAAACUUCUGGCCAAUGUGCAAUGCACUUCGACUAGGAAGUGAAGUGUGUAACUGAUACCGGCUAGCUACUUCACCAAUUUCGAGAAGAAGGAGCACAAAUGUUUAAAAAAGUCUACAGUCUUUAUUCUGCAUUUUGCACCCAACCUGCGUUUUACUCUCAGUUUGCAGUCUGCAUUUUACACUCAGUCUGCAUUUUACCCCUGGUCCGCAGUUUGCAGUCUGCAGUCCGCGUUUUACACUGACCGAUAUUAUAACAUCAGAAGUUAUUUUGGGCCUUUUAGUCUUUAACUACAGUAUGUUUGAAGUUAUUUAAUAUAGAUAUUUGGCCUUAUUCAGUUGUAGAAGUUGACCUGGCAUCUUCAUAUUUUGCUCCUGGUAAGAAGCAGUAUGAGAGGGUGAGGUGGUGUCUAAAAGAUAACCAGCUUUUAACAUUCAAGUUUCUUAUGAGCUGGACAUGUGAAGGUUAGCAAAAUAGUAUAUAACAGUAUAAUUAUUAUGCACAGUAGUUAACUAUAGGCAGUCAAUUCUUUCAGCCUAUAUAACUUUAUAAUGGAGUUAUUUUUUAGUUCAAUCUUUUUCCUCUAAAAUUUUGGUGACAGGUCAAGGCAGUACUAAAAUAGUUUUCACUGGAAUAUUGGAAUAGUCAUAGUUCAAGAGGCUAUUUGGCAGAAGAAGCUAAAUUGAGUGGCCUAGGGAUACAGAUGAUCGUUAUGAUCAAGAGAAGGCUCCGUAUGGCUAUUAAAACAUCGCAGACAGUUCUUGUAUUUACAUGUACCAGAGAGAAGGAAAACUUUAAUUCAUGAAAGAACCUGUCUUUGAAUUAACAAACAUUUUAAUGGUGACAAACCAUGGACAAUAACAGACCUGGUGUUUUCCCAAAAAAUGGUAUGCCAGAAAUGUAGUAUGUGGCUUACAGGUUGUAAUAAAAAAAUAGAAAAAUAAUAUCAUGUGCAGGCAUGACGUCUUCAGCUUUCUUUUAUUGUCAUGCUUGGAAAGUAGAUAUAGUGUAAUUCACAGAUUUUUAUCUCUGUUGCUGGCUUCUUGACUAAAAUACAGUUGUAAUGGGUUAUGUUUACAUAAUAAUUUUUGUUACAGGGCACACCUCAACAGAAAAACUUCAUGCAUUCUUCAGCUCAUACAAUUUUCAGAAGCUGGGUAAUGUGGAAGAUGUACAAAGUGUGCCCAAACACCAAAAAGUUCCUGUUAUCAACUACAGUAGGUCACAGUUCACAGAAGAGAGGUUGACUGCAGAAAACUUUGAUGUGUGCAGUUGCAUGUCUUUUUUUGAGUGGCUAGGCUGUGUUGCUUGUGGGAUUGAUUGGUAAGCUGGGUAGAACACAGAACUUACUUACUCAGUUUGUCUUUAUGGUGGUCAGUACUCUGUAAGUAAAGAAGUACAUAUAAGGGUAUCAUUCCCAUAAUUUCAUGUAAUGUCACUCUGAUACUGCCUUCAAUUUGAUUUCAAAAUAGGUAAAGCGUAAAUGUUAUUUAUUAAUGUCUUGUAAGUAGCUCUAGCUGGCCACUGGUGACCGUCUAAGUAGUGACACAAAUAUAUUAAGGUUUUAUUUGUUUUCUCUGUUUUUCUGAAACAAAGCGAGAACUUCCUGCAACUUAGGUACACUAGAUAUAGAAUGACUCCAAAGUAAUUUGAGGGUAAAGUUUUCUUCUCUGUUAAGGAAAGAAAUGAUAAUAUGGCCAGACUGAGCUAAUUCUAUCAGUUGAAUUCACAUUAAAUCUCUAGAACCUCUCGACAUGUCUUAGUCCAACUGAAUGCACUAAAUUUAAUUUCAAAACCUCAAUUAUUUUUCCCACAACCUGGCAGACAAUCACGUAGCAAUAGUUGCUUUCAUUACUGGUAGGUGAAUUUUAUUGCCUCUUUUCAUAAAUUGCACUAUAAAUUAUGUUUAAAAUGAAUUUAUUUUCUCAGUUCUAAGGCAGCAUCAGACAGCUUUAUGUCAACAUUAUCUUGUCCAGAGCCAUCACGAGAGCUAACCCAGAUGAUGACUUGCCGUUGGACUGGAUUGAUAACAACCAGCUCUGUUUUAUCAUUGGUAAAUGCAGCACGGUAGGUUAAUAACCCUAAUUGGUCCCUCAACCCCUGCCACUCUUUUGGUAUACAAGACAAAUGUUAUAAAGAAUAUUACCUUUGCUCUGGAAAUGACAUGAAAAUUGUCCUGGAAUUCCAAGUCUGACUUAGAAUCUAACCACGUUUAUAGCUAACCCUUGCUCUAGCAUCAGAUAAUUGUGGUGGAUUGCUUAUAGUAGGAAUUAAAAGCCUCCAUGCAAACACUACCUCUUGUUGAAACUUUAAUUUUCAAAAGUGGUGCAAAAAGUCAUAGAAGUUGUGUCAUUUGACUUUAUUUGCCUUAGGAGGGAAACAUGAAUUUUAGUUAUCUUGGGGAAAAAAUCUGUGGAAAACAUGUCCACUAACUUUGGCAAUCAGCCACAAUAGACCCCCUCCCCCUCUCCUAAUUCUCUUGAUGCUCUUUUUGAAACUAGGUCUUAAGCUCCAGUUCUGUUGAAGAUAAAAAAGCUGUGCUUAUUCUAUGACAUCGCCUAAAAGUGGAGGGUAGAGGGCUGGUCCCUGCCAUUAUUCAAAGAUUUUCGUUGAUUCCUAGGAGGACUGGAGCUCACUUCCCUAUGAGACACCUAAUGGCAGUCCUAAACUAAUAAAACUUUAUAGAUGAGGAAAUGCAGACUUGUCAGCUUUUUGCUUUUUCACGCAGGCUCUAAAUAUAUAGCAAUAUUAGAGUAUUUGAGAAAAUUGGGAAGGAAAACAUUUUAGUCAGAGUAGUGUGUAAUGUCUGGACUUUUUUUUUGACACAGAGAACUAGUUAAAUCGAGCUCCAUCCCUUGGGUAGCAGUUACUGUGUGGGGAUUUACUGACUGUCCAGUCACAUGGAAAAAGAAUGAACAUGGACACUUCCUUAGUGGAGAGAACUUUUACACUUUUGUCGUCUUUCCUGGCGGUAAUUACUGGCUAUACAAGGCUACGGGUGACCAUGAUAUCUGCUCAUAGCAUGACACCAAUCUGUAAAAUGUUGGUUUACGUGUAGCUGUCAAUGAUGUGAUUGUUUGAUGGAGGAUGCUAUUUGUAAGAGAAGAAUGUCUAGCUAGGUAUACUGAAUGACCAGUUUUGGAAUAAUGUAAUGUAGUUAUGAAAAGCACCUAUCCAGGAUUUGUGGCCAAAGGAGUGGUUAGGAAUAGACUGGCAAUGAGGAAUUCAGAGUAGAUGAGUUUCACAUACAGUGUCCUCUGUUGAGAAUAAAUUGCUAGUGUCCUGUCUGGAGUCUUUCCCGUCAUUGCCUGUUCCAUUACAACAUACAUGUGCAUCCCAGCACCUUUGCAUGCUACAUGCUGCUCCGUUCUCUCGAGGACAGGAAACCAGUGCAUGUGAGAAUAUUAUUGCAGUUGUCUGAGUAAAAACACUUUUAUCACUCACCUGGUUUGGCAAGUGCACAGUUUUUAAUGUGUUGAACAACUUUUAUUGUACUGUUACUACAACUGAUUACAAUACGUUGUGACAGGUACAAUUAAUUUUGCUCUUCUUCUUACACUCUGAUGCAUUUUGCUUUUUUUUGUGGGCUGGAGAGUGAUAGAGAGAAAUGUACAUUAUUUAAAAGGAGUGGAUUUGUAGUUGAACUGUGUGAUGAAAACAGCAUGCGAGGGUUAAAGAUCAUAAAGUCAACGUAUUGUUGCAGAAUCUUUUAAAAAGUGCAUCUGAGUUUAUGUUCUGACCUUGUUUAACUUACUGCCAGGGGGUGUCAUGAAAUUUGCUCUUUUCUUGUCUAUGUUUGAUGUAACAAAACAUUCCCUCCAACCCCUUUGAUUUUGGGUCAAUGGUUUUUUUUUGGCUUUGGUCAACCACUGCAUGUUGAAUGAACAAAAGUAUUGAGUUAGCAGGC